ACGGCCGUGUCCACUGCUCUCCCCACGAUCGUCGACGACCUGCAUGGGGGGUCCGACUUUGUCUGGAUCGGUUCCGCCUUCACGCUCUCUUCCACCGCCAUCCUUCCGCUGUCCGGCAACAUCGCCACGAUCUUCGGACGCCAGUGGGCCCUACUCUCCUUUAUUUUUCUUUUCGCCGUCGGCAGUGCCGUCACCGGCUCGGCUAGAGACAUGCCCUCGAUUAUUGCGGGUCGGACCGUCCAAGGUUUGGGCGGCGGAGGCAUCCUCUCCCUAGCAGAGAUCGUCGUUGCGGACCUGGUGCCUCUCCGCGAGCGAGGCGUCUAUCUCGGCAUCCUUGGUGCUACGUGGUCUCUCGCGAGCGCCAUCGGCCCGCCCAUUGGAGGUGCGCUUGCGCAAGUCGGACAAUGGAGG